CGUAAUGUGCCUGGACUCAGAGAAACUGCCUCCAGACCUGAAGACACAUCAAAGCGAAAAUUCAACCACUAAUCAAAACGAGGCUCUCCAAUCAGUCCCUCAGAGAAAGUCAGUGGGAACGGAAGAUUGAAUAGACUCAGGUGAGAGGUCAUUAGUGGAACGCCAGAGUAGUGAGCGGCUCUGGUUACGCUUGUGAGGUAAAAGGGAAAGAACAGAUUAGUGCCAGAGCUAAAGAGGAGAAGACAGACAAGUGAUCCACAAAAAGAGUAGAUUCACCUCUGCGAAUACCACCUUCUUGGAGGAAGAACAUCAGAUAAAGACAGAAAGAAGUUUCCAGGUAUCUGUGGUCCAGCUCAACAUGUGGUUUUUGGUUAUGUUGUGGGCUUCUUGCCUGCUGAUGGGCACCCAUGCUCAGAGCAGUGCAAGUUUUCGCCGGGCGAAUGCCGGCAGUGGUCGUUGCCAAUACACCUUCACGGUGGACAGCCCUACAGAGGCCAGUUGUCCAUCAGCAGUUUCAAGUCCUGAGAUAGAGGCCCUGAAAUCUCGCCUAGGGCUGUUAGAGGCGCUGGUCGCCCGCCUCAUAGGAGGGGAAGCCAUGUCAAAGUCGACACAGGGCUCUGGAUCUCAGUCAGGCCUCCAGGAUUCAUACAAGCAGGUGAUGGGGGAAAAUGCCCAGCUCCAGAGAGAGAAGCAAAGACUGGACAGACAGGUUCAGAACCUGCAGCAGAGGAUGGAAGAGCUCCGCCAGGAGGCUGAGAGCUUGAGGAGCAGACCCUGCAUGCAACAACCACCUCCAAGAGUGCCGCAAACUGACAACAGCUUCAGACCAGAAUCAGAUCCUGCAUGGCAUUACGAGAAUCCUGGAUACCAGGAGCUAACGGCUGUAGUCACUGAGGUUUCUGCCCCAAAUCUGGAAGGUCCAGCAGACAUUUCAGGCUGUGGUGAUCUGGUGUGGGUACAAGAGCCUGAGGUGCACCGCAAGGCUGACGGCAUUGCUGGUAAAUACGGUGUCUGGAUGCAAGACCCAGAAGCUAAAGAACCUUAUGCUCCAGAGAUGGUAUGGCGCAUUGAUGCCGUAGGGUCUGAAGUUCGUCAACUCUUCGGGUAUGAAAAUAUGGACCAGUUGUCACAGGGCUUUCCCACUAAAGUCCUCCUCUUGCCAGAAUCAAUGGAGAGCACAGGUGCCACAAUGUACAGAGGCUCCUUGUACUACCAACGUAGGCUCAGCCGCACCCUUCUAAGAUACGAUCUACUCUCUGAGAGCAUUGCUGCCCGCCGUGAUCUUCCCCAUGCUGGCUUCCAUGGCCAAUUCCCCUACUCCUGGGGAGGCUACACAGACAUUGACCUGACAAUAGAUGAGAAUGGUCUAUGGGCCAUAUACAGCACCAACAAAGCCAAGGGUGCUAUUAUGAUCUCCCAGCUGGACCCUGACAACCUGGAGGUGAAGGGCACCUGGGAGACUAAAAUCCGCAAGUCAUCUGUGGCUAAUGCUUUUAUGAUCUGUGGCAAGAUGUACACGGUAGCUAGUUACACCUCACCAAACACCACCAUAAAUUACAUGUAUGACACAGCAACCAGCCAGGGUAAAACAAUCUCAGUGCCAUUCAAAAACCGCUAUCGCUACAACAGCAUGGUAGACUACAACCCAGCGCAGAGAAAGCUAUAUGCUUGGGAUAACUUUUACAUGGUAUCUUAUAAUGUGAGACUAGGCAAGCAAGAAUAAAGUGAAGACAUCAGCGUAAAUUUCCAUAUCACCCAGCUUAUAGACGCAUUUUGUAAUGUUUUAAUAUUUUAACAUCCAGAGGGACUGCUAUUGUUA